AUGCUCCUCGCCCUCGCCUGCGCCCUCGCCCUCCCUUCCGCGGCCUUCGCCGCCCAGGCCCAGGUCUUCCAGCAGCCUGCGUCCAGCCCCGACGCUCCCUCUGGCAACUACACCGGCCAGAGCAACAGCACCAUCUCCAACGGCCCCCUCGUCCCCGGAAAAGCCUUCGACCGCUUCAUCCAGAUCUGGAUCGAGAACACGGACUACGAGACGGCCGCAUCAUCCCCGGUGUUCCAGAACCUGAGCAAGGACGGAAUCUUGCUCGACUCCUACUACGCCCUCACCCACCCCUCCGAGCCCAACUACCUCGCCGCCGUCGCUGGGAGCUUUUGGGGUCUCGGGGGUGACGAUUUCGUGCACGUGCCUCAAAACAUCUCGACCGUCGUCGAUCUCCUGGAGCAAGGGAACGUCUCAUGGGCGAACUAUCAGGAAAACAUGCCUUCAGAUGGCUUCACGGGCUUCAACUUCACCUCGGCUGACUACCUCACCGGCUCGUCCACCUACACGUAUUACGUGCGCAAGCACAACGGUCUCAUUGUUCAUGAUUCGGUCGCGAACGUGUCCUCCCGUGCGCUCCGUAAUCGCAACUUCAACGACUUCGCCGUCGACCUCAAGGCCAACGCCAUCCCGCAGUGGGUCUGGGUGACGCCCAACCUGGUCAACGACGGGCACGACACCACCAUCGACUUCGUCGGCGACUGGCUCAACUUCUGGCUCGUGCCGCUCCUCACCCACCCCGCGUUCAACGACAACCGGACGCUCGUCGUCCUCACCUUCGACGAGACGGAGACGCGCACGAUCAACAACCGGGUGUACACCCUCCUCCUCGGCGGCGCCGUCCCCGCGCCCCUCCGCGGCACGACCGACCCGACCUACUACACCCACUACUCCACCCUCUCCACCGUCGAGGCGAACUGGGCGCUCAUGUCGCUCGGCCGCGGCGACACGAACGCGACGCUGAACAACGUCUUCGCCUUCGUCGCGAACGCGUCCGGGUGGGCGAACAACGGCCUCGCCGGCAACGCGUCCGCCAUCCCGCUCACGAACCUCACCGGGGACGUCCCCGGCCCGCUCAACUCGGGCUUCUACCUCCCGUUCCCCGCGCCGGACGUGGCCGCGAAGGGCGCGGGCGGGAAGGGCGUGUUCGUCGCGCCCGGGCUCGACGCGAGCGUGACCGUGGAGAGCCUCGGCGCGCCGGUGAACCUGACGGCGAAGGGGCUGGCGAAUCCCUGGGCGGGGGACGGGGGGAUCGGCGAUGCGAGCGCGAACGCGCCGGCGGCGGGGACGGGGGCGGCGGUCGCGCGCGGGGCGCGCGCGGGGCUGCUGGCGGUCGUGGUGGCUGUAGUCUUUGGCGCGGCAAUGGUGCUGUGA